UUUUCAUGAUGGACGUUCUUGCUUGAGUUUUUACUUUUCGGCGCUCGAACAAAAGUUUACUUACAAUGUUUGUUUAAAAUAAAGUUUUUAUUAUUUUGCUGAAAUAGAAAAUGGUAACGAUUGUUGACGAUUUAGAUUCAUUAACUUUGCAAGAGCCAGUUUUCAAGGAUGUCAAGUACUACCUCUCUGGCGAUGUCUCGGAAAGGAUUAUGCAGUUGCUUCAGUCAGGAGGAGCGGAAAACACUAAAUAUUUUUCUGAUUAUGUCACUCAUUUAAUUUGUGGUAACAAUGCCUCUGAUACGGACCUCGAUGACGCCCAGGAUAUCUAUCAGAUACCCGCAGUGACUGAAAAUUGGGUUCUUGCGUGUGCACGAUUGAAGAAACUUGCCAAUCCGAAGCCUUACUUUCCUAGCAAGAACAAGAUAUUCUCAAACGUCACGGCAUGUGUGUCUAAAGUGACUCCCGCUGACGCGAAAUUGUUAUUCGCUAUUAUCACAUAUCAUGGUGGAAAAGUGAAAUUGAAUCUCGAUUCUCAGUGCACUCAUUUAAUUUGUGGUUUUGCUUUGGGCAAGAAGUACAGUGCAGCACUUACACUUUCGUCCAAAGUUAAGAUUGUUACUCCUGAUUGGGUACUAGAAAGUGUACGGGCAAGGAUACAAGCAGUGACUGAGGUGUUUCAUCCUAAACUACUAGUAGUACCACAGCCACCAUCGAAGCCAAUGGAUCGAAUCAGUGCCAUUACAGGAUUCGAUUUUGAGGAAGGGAUUGCAAAGAAUGAGGUACCGACUCAAAACAUGGCAGAAAAUAAAGAUGAAAGUACACAAGCGUUACUAGAUAAACUUAAGCAAAGGAUGCCUUGGAAUCACCCACCAUCGACUGCAAACUCAUCUGGGACUAUAACAUCAAAUGUAAACUCAAUGGGCUACACAACGGCCAUGUCCACAUCCAACAUUAUUAACAAAUCUAUUCCUCAAGGAAUUGUCACGCAGAAUGUACAAAUACAAGGAAGUCAAGCAAAUACUCAAUUCAUUCAAAAAAUGGCACAAAACUCUGUAGUGUCUCAGCCAGGAAUGAAUGUCCAAAGUCAGCAGGUAAAUUUACAGCAACAGAGUUAUAAUCAAGCUCAACAGACUUCACAACAGCCUCAUGGACUUUCAGCUAUACAGAUUCAACAACAAAAGUUGUUGCAACAACACCAAUUACGGAUGCAAAUGUUGCAACAUAAAAUUGGCAAUCAACAAAAUCAACAAGGAUUCACUCAAUCGAAUGUUUCGGCAUCUCAAAUUACUCAAAAUAUAUCCAAUCAGUUACAACAACAUAUUCAAAAUCAAAAUCAACAACAUCAUAUACAACAAACUCAGAACAUAAAUCAAAAUUCUAACAACUCAAUGAGCUCUGCACAGCAACAAAUUGAGAAUAUCAGUCAAAUGUUAAGCCAAAGUGCUAAUAAUUUACAGCAAGCACAACUCAGUCAACAGAAUAUGGUCAUGAAACCAGGUUUAACAUUAAGCCAGCAGAGUGCUGUGCAAAAUAUUGCCCAGCAGCUAGCCCAGUCUACUCAAAAUCUGCAACAGAGUCUGCAAAAUGCGAAACUUAACCAAAAUUUAGGUCAAGGACAGGUGUUAAAUCAACAGCAGCUUAUAAACUCUGGACAGCAAAUGUCUGCACAGAAUCAGGGUAUAAUUCAGCAGCAAACGGUUCAGUCGCUGACAAAUCAGCAACAAAACAUGAAUAUGGGUGUUGUUAAUCAACAAGGGAUGGUCACAUCAUCUCAAGCUCAAACGGGGCAGGGUGGUCAACUCAAUCAACUUGUCAAUAACACAAACCAACAAAUUCAAAGUGUCCAGCAAAAUAUACAAAACCAGCAAGGGAACACAGUGCAAGGACCUUGGAGGCAACAGAACAUUCAGAUGAUCCAAGGACAGCACCAAAUAAUCCGAAGUCCUCUAGUUCAAUCUCGUAACCCUCAAAAUCAAGUUAUUUUGCAACAACAAAUUAUGCAAACACAACAACAAGCAUUAAUCAAUAAUCAACAGUCUCAACUCAGCCCUCAGCAUACGAUUCAACAAUCUCCACAACAAAUUCUUCAACAGUCAAUCGGUAAUCAAGGGCAGGCUAUGAGCCAAACUCAUCAUCAGAUUUUGGUGCAAAAGCAACAAUUACUGAAUGGAUCUGGCCAGCAACAGAUAGUCCAAGGCCCACAGCAGGUCUUAAUUAAUCAGCACACUGGACAACAACAGAUUUUGGUCCACGGAAACCAGCAAGUUACUUUACAAGGUGGUCAACAAUUAGUCUCACAAAGUCAAAUCGUCCACCAAGGAGGCCAGAUAGUGAAUCAAGGGGGACAGCAAAUAAUCACCCAGGGUGGACAACAAGUUUUAUCGCAAGGUGGUCAGCAUGUGAUCACUCAGCAAGGUCAGCAGCAUCAAGUGGUUAUUGCGCAGUCCUCUCAACAAAUAGUGACACAGUCCGGCCAGCAGAUAAUCGGACAGACCGUAGGCCAGGCGCAGCAAGUGUUAACACAAGUGCCUCAGUCCCCGCAACCGGGGGGUGGCAUUCAGCAGAUAAUCACCCACAGUGGCAAUCAACAGAUCGUAUCACCAGGGGGCCAGCAAAUAGUACAAGGCGGACAGAACGUCGCCUGGCAACAGCAGCAGUAUUUGCAACAGAGACAACAGAUCGGUCAACCCGGAGCCGUCGGACCGCGGGUUUUACAGGUGUCGUGGACGGCGGGCGGCGGCGGCCGGCAGCUCAUCCACCUGGACGCGCAGACGCACGCGCAGCUGCAGCAGAUGGACCCGCAGCAGCGCGCCAUGUUCGUGGCGCAGCUGCAGAAGCGCAGGCAGCUGCACAUACAGCGGACCGCGGCCUUGGCUCAGCAGCAGCAAACGGGAGUAGUGACUGGUUCCCCGGGUGCUCCCUCGCCCGCACCACAGAGCGUUACGUUCAUAAGAAGCCAAUUACCACCCGGACUAUCUCAACAGCAACAGGUGCAAUGGCUGCAGCAGCAAGGCGCCAGGACGGCCACCAUACCGGCAGCGCAACCGGCUCAGCCGCCACCGUCACCUGCGGGCGCGGGGGCGGGCGCGGUGGAGUCGUCCCUGCAGCAGCUGCAGCGCCAGCAGCAGUACCAGCGCUUGCAGCAGCUGCAGGCGCAGCGGGACCACGCCGCGCACCACCACGCCGCCGCCAAGCAGGUCGCUCCUGUCACACAGCAUGCAGUAACCCCCUUGCAAGAACAACAAGUGGACGCGCUGUUGACACCGACCACGCCUGAACAGCAAGGCGGCGCGGGCGCGCUGCUCGUGAACCCGAAGACCAAGACGGCGCUCGCCAACAUGCUGUCCAUCCGCCUGCAGGGCUCCGCGCCGCCGCCCGAGCACGAGCCCUCGGCCGCCGGCACGCUGCGGCUAAUGACGGCCGCACAUGCGGCAGGUGGGGCGGUGAGGGCCCCCGCACGUCUGCUGUUGGGCCCCGCCCACCAUCCACACCAGGGGCCUACGCCGAGCGCGGCGGGCGGCAGCAAGGUGUACGCGGGCGCCGUGCGCGCCGCGCCCCCCCGCGCGCAGUUCUACGGCCACAACCCCAACCUCAAGCUGCCGCCGGACCUCUUCCUGCUGGGCUGCGUCUUCCACAUCGUGGAGUACCAGCAGUCUGCGGGCGCGGACCGCGUGGCGCGGUGGGCCGAGGCGCUGGCGCGGCGGGGGGGCGAGGUCGAGGGGGGGUACUGCGCGCGCGUCACGCACGUGCUGUGCGAGACGCAGCGGCACGGCGUCGUCAUGCAGGCGCUGCGGGACGCCAAGCGCUGCGUGACGGCGUACUGGGUGGCCGACACGCUGGAGCGGCGCUGCGUGGCGCCGCCGUGGCACGCGCUGCACCUGCCGGCGCUGCACGCGCGCGCCGAGCGGCCCGCCGCGCACCACCGCGCCGCGCUGGCGGGCUGGCGCCGCGACGAGCGCCGCCGCCUCGCCUGCUGCCUGCGCCAGGUGGGCGCCAAGCUCACGCCGUACAUGAGCCGGGACAACACGGUGUUGAUAUGCAAGCGCGCCGAGGGCAACAAGUACCGCCGCGCGCGCGACUGGGGCAUCCCCGUCGUCAGCGCCGCCUGGCUCACCGACCUGCUGCUCGGGAACAUGACCGCCCUCGCUCAGAUCGAAAAUGCUAAAUAUCAGCAAUUUAAUCUGGCCAGUCCCUUCCGCAUGGACUACAGCUUGGUUUCACAUCUGAUGAACGCGUGGAAGAUGCCCAUCAACAUCACGCAGGAGUCGCACGAGCGCGCCAAGCGCAGCGCGGCGGCGGCCAGCGGGCGGCGCGCCAAGCGGCCGCGCCUGGAGCCCGCGCCGCCGCCGCCGCCCGCGCUGCCGGCGCACGCGCCGCCGCCGCUGCACCUCGCGCCGCGCGUGCUGUUCUCCGCGCUGCCGCCCGCCGACCUCGCGCGCCUCGCGGCCGUCGUCCGACAACUCGGCGGUCUAGUCGUGACGUCAGCGUCGGAGGCGACCCAUCUCGUGAUGGAGAAGCUCGUUCGGACGUGCAAGCUGGUGAGCUGCCUCAUCACUGUGAAGCACUUGCUCGCCCCGGAGUGGGUGCUGGAGAGCCAGCGCCUGAACAAGUUCGCCGACGAGGCCGAGCACGGCUUGCGAGACGAGGCGUUCAACGAGACGUUCAACUGCGACAUCGACGAAGUAUUACUAUGCGGCGAACAGAGGAAAAAGUUAUUCGAGGGUAUGACGUUCUUCUUGACGCCCUGCGUUAAGCCUUCCAAAGCGGGAUUGACUGAAAUGAUAGAGUUGUGUGGUGGAAAAGUCGAGAAGAACCGUAGAUCGUAUGUCUCCAUUCAGGAGAUGCAUAAUCAGAAGCCGUACAGUUAUUUAGUGCUGACAGUGCCCAAUGAUUUGCAUUUAGUUUACUAUCUUCUGCAAUCGGAGAAGACGUUGAAUGUGGUGUGCAGCACGGAAGUCGUUCUGUCCGCGAUCAUGCGACAGAAGUUAGAAAUAGAACAGUUUCUCGUCAAAAUAGACUAAAUGUUCAUUCGUAACAUUUAUUCGAUGUUUUCAUGUUUCGGUAUCAAAGAUAAAUCUCUCAGUAAAUAUGUAAUUGAAUAUUAUAUGAAAUACAAAGUCUGGUGUGUAGUUUGAAUGUCGUGUAAUAUAUUUUACCAGUAUCUGUGGCAAUAGAUGCGUUAGCGUGUAAUUAUUAUAAAUAUUUGAUGCAUUUCUAAAAUAUAGUAGGAAUUUAUUGUGCCUUACAUUUAUUUCUUUUAUUUGGAAUCUCUAGAUUUCUUUCAUAAUAAAUGAAUAUUUAUUACAUUCAUAAAUGUUUCUUGUAUAAUUAUUGAAUAGGAUAAGGACAAAGAUAUAUUUUUAUGUAAAACAAAUUCGAAUUUUUAUAUUAUUCUAUAGACAAAAUGAAGUAGAACCUAAGACUGGUUUUAACCUAUUGUAAAAUGUAAUAAAUGAAUUUAUAUUAAA